AGAGAGAGAGUGUGAAAGAGAGAGAAAGAGUGGUGAACCGAAGAAGAGUGGAACAGCAGAGAUGGUGUUUAAUGAGCUAACCUCUACCGCUGUGCAACUAUAUGACGAGUGGAUUAAAGAUGCAGACCCGAGGACUGAAGACUGGCUGCUCAUGUCCUCUCCUCUGCCUCAGACCAUCAUCAUUGGUGCCUAUAUCUAUUUUGUGGUGUCACUGGGGCCCAAGCUGAUGGAAAACAGGAAGCCAUUUGAUUUGAAGAGGGUCCUCGUGAUCUACAACUUCACCGUCGUGGCACUUUCUCUCUAUAUGUGUUACGAGUUUGUGAUGUCUGGCUGGGGCACAGGCUACUCGUUUAGCUGUGAUCUGGUGGAUUACUCCCACUCCCCACAGGCUAUGAGGAUGGCCCACACAUGCUGGCUGUACUACUUCUCUAAAUUUAUUGAAUUGCUGGACACAGUGUUCUUUGUGCUGAGGAAAAAGAAUAACCAGAUCAGUUUCCUGCAUGUCUUCCAUCACUCCAUAAUGCCAUUCACAUGGUGGUUUGGUGUCAAGUUUGCUCCAGGUGGCCAGGGAACGUUUCACGCCCUUCUGAACUGCAUAGUUCAUGUAAUAAUGUACACGUACUAUGGCCUGUCAGCACUGGGACCUGCUUAUGAGAAGUUUCUGUGGUGGAAGAAGCACCUGACAUCUAUCCAGCUAACACAGUUUAUGAUCAUCACCACUCACAUUGCUCAGUACUUCUUUAUGAAGGAUUGUCCCUAUCAGUACCCCAUCUUCAUUUACAUCAUCGCCCUCUACGGCUUGGUCUUUCUCCUGCUGUUCCUUAACUUCUGGUAUCACGCGUACACCAAGGGCAAGAGACUUCCCAAAGUUCUGCGGAGUACAGACAAGGUCCAGAACAACAACAGCAUCGACAGCAAACAGGAAUAACCACCUUCAGGAAUUAUUUUGAAAUGACAAUCUGACUCACAUGGAGUACUUGAGCACUGCUGUUUACUGGCCUACUGUACUUUUUAUAAUAGGAUUAUUUAUAUUUUUGAGAAAUAAUGUAUAGCACAAAUAGGUCUAAAGUUGGUUCAAAAGAAGAUAGAGAUGAAUAUAACUUCAAAUAUAGCUGAAAGGAAUUAUUAAUGUUGCAACCUCUUUAUUGUUGUACACCUUAAUGCACAUUGGUGGUCAUUGGAGUCCUGAAUCUUCUACUUUAGAAACGUACACAUUGGAUAUGAAGCCAGAUUUACCUCACUUUAAAUUCUCAGCUUUACAUUUAGCUAUAUAUCUUGAAACGUAUUAUCCCAUAACUGUAACAAAUGAGCUUACAUGAAAGGUCUGUAGUUACAAGAGUAAAAAUUGUCUCAACCCGUCCACCAUUGGUAAAAUUACUAAUUCAUAAUACAGUUCCCUUUCCAGGCAUUAAAGAUCUCCCCCAGUGCCUUAACUAUUUUUAUCUCCUACAUUCCCUGGACUUCCUCUCAGCUUUAGAAAGCAUGCUGAUAUAGACAUAUAGUCUGUUUCUGUCUUUAGUAAUCUACAAAACGUUUGCACUACAUUCAGUUUUAGAGAAAUACAGGACAAUAUGAAUGUCCCUGAAGGAGCCAGUGCAUUUAUCUGGACCUCUGAUUAAAUGAUUAAGUUCUGAUCUUGGAUCAGAUCCUGUCUGACCGUGAUUAGGUGGAUAUGAAGGCAAAAGGCCUAUCCAAGACCAGAACUGUUAUUCAGAAAAUAUUUGCAAAUAGGGGUUCAGAUAAUACUACACUAUUGGCGAUUUGGGACAGGACUGAUAAGACAGCAUGUCUUUGAAAUAUAAAUGCUAAGGAAGGAAGCAUUGUGCAGAUAAAGUGCUCAUAUUAUCUUAGUACUGUCAUGAUUGUCCUUGUCUAGGACAUGAUUUCACUUUCUGAUUUUUAUACAUGUGAAAUCGAAUAUGUGAACGGUGUUUUAAAAUGUAUAUUUAUAAAGAAAUAAAGACUUUUCACUAGUAAAUU